CUUGCAUGACUUGUUGCAUUCGCUGAGAUCACUCACCUCGGCUGCUCUGAUGGAGCUGCCCAGCGCCCUACAAGUCAAUGGGAGCACCAUCGACUUACAAAAGCUGGAGCAGGGAGAGGUCAAGGGAGGCAGUACAUUGGAAACGGCCAGAAUGAAGGAGAAACAUCUCACAAUCGUGAUCAAGCUUGGCACUUCAUCCAUAGUGGACGAGAAGACACACGAGCCGCUCCUGUCCACCCUAUCCACCAUUGUCGAAACCGCAAUCAGCCUCCGCCAUGAGGGCCACCGCGUGGUCAUCUGCUCGUCAGGAGCCAUUGGAAUGGCCCUACGGCAGAUGAACAUGGAACGACGACCGAAACUGCUUCCUCAGAUCCAGGCUCUUGCAGCUAUAGGACAGUGCAAGCUCAUGUCCAUGUGGGACCAACUCUUCAUGCAUAUGCGCCAGCCUGUCGCGCAGAUCCUUCUCACCAGGAACGACAUUGCCGAUCGAUCGCAAUAUCUCAAUGCCCAGAACACUUUCCAUGAAUUACUCAACAUGGGUGUCAUUCCGAUCGUCAACGAGAAUGAUACCCUUUCGGUACAGGAGAUCAAGUUUGGAGAUAACGACACUCUGAGUGCGAUUACCGCGGGCAUGGUACAUGCGGAUUACCUCUUCCUGAUGACCGAUGUGGACUGCUUGUACGACAAGAAUCCCCGGAACAAUCCAGAUGCCAAAGCGAUUGAGGUAGUCGAGGACAUUGCAGAGCUCGCAGCGGAUACCUCCAGCGCAGGUAGUUCAUUAGGAACGGGCGGAAUGAGUACGAAGAUUGUGGCUGCUAGACUCGCAACAGCGGCUGGCGUAACUACAGUCAUCACCAGGAGCAGUAACCCUGGCAAUAUCACGGCCAUCGUGAGAUACGUAGAAGCGCAAAAGAAGACAGCACGGAGCUUGGAACAGAGCGGUGAACUUCCCUCGAGUCCCAGGAGCGCUGCUGCGAAGACGCCCGCGCUUCAAACAACGCCCGUGGUAAACGGUACUGGUUCACACAGACUGGAGGAGCCAGGUUUGCCACCGCUGCAUACUCGAUUCCUGCCAGAUCCACAUCCAAUUAGAGAUCGCUACUUCUGGCUCCUGCACGGUCUCGCCCCGCACGGAACAGUAUACAUUGACCAGGGCGCGCACUCUGCCUUGCAAUCUAAAACUGGACUUCUGCCUGUGGGUGUAGUUGAUGUCGAAGGUCACUUCGGCCAACAUGAGUGCGUCCGCAUCAUGGUGCUACCUUCCAAGGGUGCCCCUCUCAGCGAAGCUGAAGAUGUGGGCAAGGCAGUAGUCAAUUAUUCGGCAAUCGAAAUCAAGAGGAUUGCGGGUCAUAGGAGUAGGGACAUUGCUGAUAUUAUAGGUUAUGCCGACUCAGACUAUGUGGCCGUGAGGGAUAGUGUCGCGCUGUACAACAAGGAAAUCAGUCGACCGGUGACUCCUAUGCUGGACGAGUUGAAGGGCAUGCGUAUCGCAAGCACGAGCGACAAGCGGACCAGUAUGGGUCGGCUGUCUAACUAUGUCGGCGGCUGAGAGAGGCGAAUGUUCACAGGGGCGUGUGAGCGAGGAGCCGCUGCUUCAACGUACCUGCUAAUUAUUUUUGCCCUUCUAUUGUUGCUUAUUGCGCGUUGCCGCUCGAUUCUGGUCAAGCGCUCGUGAACGGAGAGAAAUGGUCAACGAGUUCCAUUUUGCACUCGGCAUUGAGAAAGGUGCAUGCUACCGCGGACUUAUCAGCCUGCCAGUCGCGUGGGUUCCACCCAAGACUCACCACUGUUCAUGUGGAGAGCAGAAGGUGAUGUAUCGCUUGGCAAGAAGAAUCCGAGGCAAAGUCGACUGGGGGAGUGAAGGAAACUCUAGUCACUGCGCAGAGGCUGCCCAAUACAGGAUUGGAGGGACGACUGAGACACAAAAUGUGGCAUUGCCUUUUUCAGUCAACUGGCCCGCGAGGUACAGAAUUGAUCGUCGGCGCAGGACCAUGCGUAUGCUCUGGCGAUUCAGAAUAUGGCGGAACAUGUAGAUUUUGAAAAGUCAAAUUCUGUUCAUGCUCCACCCAGACCUUCUCCACCCAGAUCUUCAUGUGUGGCAGAUGUGUAUGGCCUUCCUUCCGGGAACAGAAGGGUUCCUCUCGUGUACUGCAUCCGUCGCACGACCCUGCGCCUUGUAAAGAAGGUUCGUUUAUCAGAAC